AUGUCGCAAACAAUGAAGGCUGUCGUGUUCAAGGGACCUCACAAGGUUGAGAUUGAGGACCAUUUAAAGGCCNCUAUCCCCAAGAUUCAAGAAGAUGGAGAUAUCAUCGUCAAGGUCGAGUACACGGCACUCUGCGGCAGGUACGUGUGUGAACUCUGGGUUUGCCUACAAUCUUCUAACCAUGUUGAANGUGAGUUGCACGUCUUCCGUGGCCACCAGGCUUCAGACACUGGUUUCAUCAUGGGCCACGAAUUCACAGGCAGAAUCACCGAAGUUGGCAAGGGCGUGACCACCCUCAAAGAAGGCGAUCUUGUCGUCUCCCCCUUCACCACAUCCUGCGGCGAAUGCUUCUACUGCAAGCACGGAUUUUCGUCUCGUUGCGAAAAGUCUCUGCUGUUCGGAUGCCCCAAGCUUGAUGGUGGUCAAGCCGAGUACGUUCGUAUUCCCACAGCUGAGGGAACAGUCAUGAAGGCACCCGAAGGUCUCGAGAAGGAAGCCCUGGUCCUCAUGGCAGACAUUUUCCCCACCGGCAUGUUUGCAGCCAAGAAUGCAUUCAAGGAGUUGAGCAAGGAAGAGGCUCAGGAAAGCACAGUCGUCUUGCUUGGCCUCGGACCCGUGGGACUGUGUGCACUGGUCAAUGCUCUGGACUACAAGCCCAAGCACCUUCUUGCCAUCGACAGCGUGGAUAGCAGGUUGAAGCAAGCCAAGGAUCUCGGAGCCGAAACCUGGAACUUCCAAACCGACAGAGAAGGCUUGGACAAGAGAGUCAAGGAGCUUACCAACGGCAGAGGUGCAGAUGUUGUCAUCGAGGUUGUCGGUUUGUCGCCUGCGCUCAAGCUCGGUUACGAUCUUCUCAGACCUUGGGGUAUUAUUUCUAGUGUUGGUGUGCACAACGCAGAGAUCCCCUGGACAGGCAACCAAGCAUACAACAAGAACUUGCGUGUUCAAAUGGGUCGUUGCCCUGUCCGCUCGAUCUUCGCAGAAGCGUUGGAGAAGCUCAAGCAAAAGCAACAUCUGCUCGGCUUCAUGUUUGAAAAAGUCAUGCCGCUCUCUCAAGCCUUGGAAGGCUACGAUCUCUUUGACAAGAUGAAGGUGCAGAAAGUCGUGUUUGAGCUUGACCACUAA